CGGUUAGGCAGGUCUACACACAGAGAAGAACAGCUCACCUCUCGGGUCACUGUGUUCAGGCUAACUCCCUCUGGUUGGUCGAUUGUAGUCAUACUAGGUCUUGUGCGCAUUUGUCGGCCAGGAUUUGCCUGGCGUUGAUCGAUUUACAAUGUCCCUGGAAUUGCUCUGCUGACGCCGCCAUUGUCCGCUUUUCUCUGGCCCAACGCUGGCAAAAAUUCACCGAACUCAACAAAUCGCGGACAGAAUCUAAUCCACUUCUCUCCGACCGGGUUACAAUGACGACCGCUGCAAUGUUACCACCCAAACUUCCCUCAACUCCUACUCAGUUGCACGUCAGUACCGGUCAGCUUCGUGGAGAUCAUAGUUCUGGAGAUGGUCAACAGCAAUCACUGAAAUUUGACGAUACCGUAGUAACACCCAACUUAUCCGAGAAUUCGAUGAUGGUAUUGUCACAAUCAGUUGAUUCCUUGCAUACUUUGGCUACUAACGGAGGAGUAGACGAUACUGAGCACCAAGUGCGGACAAUCUUCGUGAGCGGUCUUCCCCUGGAUGCCAAACCCCGGGAGUUAUAUCUUCUUUUUCGAGGCUUCAAGCCCGUGGGAUUCGUUACCUUCGAUUCACGUGAACAAGCGGAAGAUGCUAUGCGUAAGCUUCAGGGUGUAAAGUUCGAUCCGGAGGGGAAUCAACUCAUGCGGCUUGAAUUUGCUCGAACCAACACGAAAGUGACGAAACCGAAAUUUAUUUCGGCCGGUGGAGUCCCCUUUGGUGGCCUCAGUCCCACUGCCAAUGCGCUACAGGCGGGCUUGGGACAACACACCAUUACCGGUUGUCCCGCUAGUUUGGUCGCCGCAGGUGGUCUUCCAGCACUUUUCACGGGACUUCAGCCGUCCAUUCUCUCACAGUUAGCCAACGCCGGUGGGACUGGUCCUUUCGAUGCUUCUUCGGCACUGUUUUCUCCAAAUGACGCAGCAACGGCAGUAGCUGCAAUGGCAGCUCAGUGGAAUCCUUUACACGCCUCCGCCUAUGAUAAUGCUGCCUAUCUAGCUUCAGCAGCUGGUCUCUUGCAAAACAACAACUUUCGAGCGAUAAUCCCCGGAACUCCAACCACAUUCAGUCUAUCUCCCUCUACCAUGUCCAAUUUCAACAUGGUCCAGGCAGCCAUUGCACAAGCAAACGCAGCUGCAGCUUUGGGUCACGUGGGGCAUCAAUCGAACGCAGCGGGUCACGGCCCAGUCCUGUCAAUGUCUCCUCCACAACAUCAACAACAACAACAGACGCAAAUCUCUCCUGGACUGUCGGCUAAUCCUACCAAUUCCAGUCCCACUUCCGGGUCCAGAACAUCCCCUGUGAACGUGUCUCGUGGAAUGGGUAUCACGUUCAGUGCAACCAGUCAGACACCUGCGCAGGCGCAAGUCAAUUCGUUCGUCGCCCAACUACAACAGCAACAGCAGCAGGCCCUCGCAGCUGUUCAACUGGGCCAGCAGCAAGGCACACCAUCUUCUCAGUCGCACACCACUCAGCCCCACCAACAACAGCAGCAACAACAGCAACAGUUUCACCAGGCACUGGGAUUUGUGCCUUCAAGCGCUGGACUGCCACCACCUAUGGCGGCCACCAUAGGAAUCCUCAGUGGUUAUAACUCGUUGGUUAAGGAGCUUACUGGUAAUGAGGCUCAACUACAGUCUGGAUUACCGCCUUACCAUCAUCAAAAUCCUCGACAAAAGUGUUCAGAUAGCCCGAUGGAAGUCUGUACUAAAUCUUUAGGGUGCGAGGUGGCUCAGUGGUUAGAGCGCGAAUUUACUGACCGGAAAGUUCGCGGUUCGAACCCGAAAUCUGCAUCUCGACUUUCGCUGUCUAGGCCUGGAAAACCUAGCAGUAUCCCAGCCCUUGUUCUUCGUUCGGGUGGCAUGGCAGCUGGGCAGAGAAAGGGUGCUAUAGCUGAACGAUUUUUAAAAAAAUAA